UUGCCCGGAGUGAAGAUGAUGUCUCACCUCCUUUUCUCAGUCUGGAUUAUUUUUCUCCUGCGCUUCAGCAAGACCUUCGGCAAACGCGACGACCCCGCUGAAGAUGAACCGUGGUCGGAGGAUAUAUCGAGGGCGCGGUGCACGUCACGGUGCUUGAGCUUGUACGUCGUUGACGCGCAUUCGACUUCGCCACAGAAUAAUGGAUCCCUGGGCUGGUGCCAUCACCAUAAACAGUGUGCAAAGUGCCUGGAACCAUGUGAUUCAUCCAACCUGAAGAAGAAAAAAAACAACUGCAAUAAGUUUUGUGGGCGAGCGUUCCCCAAGCAGCCCUGGGAGUGUGUGACCAGCUGCGAAUUCCUCCAGUCUGUGGCGUUGGUGAAGCAGGGAACUUGUCCCCCUCCAGAGGAGGCCAGUGGAUUUGCCGCCGCUUGUGUUGAGAGCUGUGACAGAGACCAAGAAUGUCCAGCUCUGAAGAAAUGCUGCUCCAACGGCUGUGGACACACUUGCCAGGCCCCGAAAGAUGUGAACAGAGGGGUGCCUCUGAAACCAAGGAAGGAGUUGACUUUUGAGGAGACCCUAACCGGUAAUCUGGAGGUGCACUGGGCUUCACGGUUCAACAUCUCAGCAGAGCCUGUCGUCUACGUCCUGCAGAGGCGAUGGAACUUUGGCAUCCAGCCCAGUGAAGACACGGCCACAGACUGGGAAGUGGUCACCAAGACUACAGAGCCUGAAGCCAGGAUGUCAGACUUCAGAGCGGGCCGCUGGUACCAGUUCAGGGUAGCUGCUGUGAAUGCACAUGGCACACGAGGGUUCACCACACCCAGCCGUCACAUUCAUUCCAGAAGAGACCCUGCCCGUCCUCUGGCCCCUGCGCAACUCAGAGUGGUCAACAUGACCUUUGGCCCCGGCAGAUCAGUGCGGGCUUCGCUGAAGUGGGACAUGCCAUCUAACCUGGAUGUUCCCGUCCAUCACUACAAGUUGACCUGGAUGUGGACCUCAGUCGAACAGACCUCAGCGUCGUCUGUGACCAAGAGGAGGAAGACAGUCAGAGAGUGCCAGGUGGAACUGGACAGCAUGCGUGCGAACAGGAGCUACACUGUUGAAGUGCAGGCUGUUUCCUACUGGGGCGGAACUCAGCUGAAGGGCCCUCGAGCAACACUCCAGUUUACCACACAACACACAAUGUCAUCAGCCCCCAACCGGAAACUUGCUGUCCCUGCAGGAGAAGUCCUGGACGUGGGAACGCCGUUCUAUCAAGACGGUCUGCUCCGGGUUCAUGUGUACUGGCAGAGAAGUACAGAUCCGUCAGUGGAGGUCUACAAGGUCCAAUGGGGGCCCGAGUUCUGCUCACACAACGUGACCCGCCCCAUGGAGAAGACUGUCACACAGGAGAGCUUCAUCAGUCUGGAGGGUUUGCUCUUCUCCUGCAAAUAUAAGGUCCUUCUGCUGCCUGUCAGCAAGAAGUCCCGUCCUCUUGCUGAAAGUGUCACCUUCUACACGCCCACCUGUGCUGCCGUCCAGGCCAAGAGCCCAAGUCCAGUCAACUGCCUUGGAGAAACGGUGAGAGUUGUGAAGGUCCUACCGAAGGCUGCCAACCUGACCGCGUUCUUCAGUGUCCACUCUGGGAAUGUGACAGCAAUCUUUAAAUGGACCACACCUUCACUUCAGCAGGUCAUGGGCUAUCAGGUGACCUGGGCAGAGAUCACCUCCACCGCUCGACUCAGCAGCGACCAACUGCCUCAAGUUCUCAUUUCGCAGACCCAGAUUGUUCCUCCAGACAGAGACCAUGUGGUGGUGUCAGGCCUGCACCCUGCCAGUCUCUACAGGCUGGAGGUCCGGACCAUCACCGCUGAAGGUGAAGGUCCAGUCAGUAGCAGAACCUUCCAGACUCCAGGAUACCAGAGCAUCCGGAGGCACAGGACCAAGGGUCGAGAUCCUCAACAUAAACAGCCAAUCAUACUGCGGCAUUGAAGUCAGGUGACCAGUCCUCAAGACGUGUGGUGAUUCGGAGCCUCAUACGUGGCACCUUCACACGCUCACAAACAAGAUGUGGAACCAUGUCCCAACUUCUUCUCUUAUAACACUGAUCAAAUCUCAAAUCAUAUAGAGGUAAAUGUGAUGACAUUUAUUCAUUUUUGGGUCUAUGUUUGACUCAACCAACUUAGUAGUUAAGUGUCCGAACAGCUGACAGUUUUAUAUUUAUAGAAUCAUUGCCUAUAAUGUGCAUUUUAGUGUCACUUCAGCAAGUUUCGACAAUCAUCUUUGCACUGUACGGUACUAGUUGAACACCUUGACCCACUUUGACGGUGCAGACCCCAUGAAGAGAGUUGACGUAAGGCGCAGGAUUAAUUAAACCAUUGUAUGCUUGAUUAAAACAAUGAGCAAAUAAUUCAAAUUUUUAUGUAACUAUGUAUAUACUCUGCCCCAUUUGUCUCAACUGUUAAUGACCUGCGUCUAUUUCAGAAGUGUUGUUUGCAUCCUAUCAACCUUGGAGUUCAUGUCUAGUUUUAGAUUAGUUUAGAGCUUGUAUUUGCUGGAACACACUUUUCUUACAGUUGUGAGACUUGGCUACUAGUGAUGGGUACAUGAGGUAUCAUGAAACAGGGUUGAUGGAACAGUGUCCUACUUUUCAGAGGCCCCUAGAUGGUGCUCUUUGUUUAGAAAUGAUGCUAGGUUCCGUUAAAUUAGUUGUUCAAGUCCAAACAUUUUACAGCCGACAUGCCAUCUGGUGGCCUCUGAGAAUCAGGACACCGUUCACUUGUUCACUGAGAGCCACAUUUGUAAUGUUCAAAGGCCCAUUUAUUCUCCCUUUACAUACAAAAUAGUACCCGUCCGUUUCAAACAAUGAUCACAUGCGUCCAUGCAUGCUUUCCGUUGCUGUUCACCAAUAUAUCCACCAGGCGGUGCAGCCCAGAGUCAAACAUUUAUAACAACAACAACCUCCAAAACCAACGACUGUAUAAGAAGUGUUGAUAGUACUUAAUACUUAAACGACUAUAGUGGUUACCUCUUGCACCAAAGAAGAAAACAGAGGCUGCGUUGUAAGAGGCGGUGGUCGGUUAAGGCCAUCAAACAUAUUGACAUUGUUUUGUCUUCUUAAUGCCCCAUUAGAUAGAUAGAUAGAUAGAUACUUUAUUAAUGUCCGAAGAGAAAUUCCCAAAGUUUCCAAUUAGAGCUAGGUAUCAGGUGGUAACAGCAACACCAUCGUUUUCUGGUUGUAGUGCUCCGUUUGGCCCAUAUCUGUUAGCUUUACGAAGAAACAGAGGAAAUGAACGCGGAGCACAGAAUGGAGGUUCCAAUCUGUACAAAACUGCCCUUUGCCCCACAGGCACCAGUUUAACAUGCUACACCCUUGGGUCGAAAUGAUCCUGCGACUUUAUAGAUUUUUACCCAUGUAUUAACUUGACGGUACCAAACUAAAGAUUGAAAAUACACAUACACUGCCUGUUAAAAAACAACAACAGAAAAAACAUGUUAAACAGCUGCGACUGAUGAAGCUGCGAUAAGAUGCAGUUACAGAAGACUGACACACAGCGGCAGCAGAGUCUUGCUGAUAAACUUUAAACCAGACGGUUGCGUCUGAAACAAGAGGGCGCCAAAAACAAACAAAACAAAACCCUCGAAACCACAGCGGAGAUUCAAAUGAGGGGAAAACAAACUUUCUGAAACUGACAAACUACGAUUGAUAAUAGUGAAAAUGGCUGCCUGUCUCUUAUAUUAGUAACUGCUACCUUGAACUAAGGUACUAAUGCUUCCAGUAACAACAAUAUUAAACUGAUGUUGAUUUAAAAAAAAAAAAAAUCUGUGUUUUGUGUUGCUUCCAUGCUAUGUUGUUGAUCUACUGUUGAACUUAAGCAUGAGCAUGUCAUAUUUGUCUGUGACUCAGCAAGUUGUCCAUUAAAAGCAGAAAAUGCAUAUUGAAGUGUUAUUUAUUACUCUGUGGCUGCUUAUGCUUGAAACGUCGCAAUGUUAUGCUCUGUAAUUAUGUAUAUAGCAUCCGCCUGUAUUUAUUGACUGAUGUUUGUGUGUAUCCUGACUACACUCCUGGACCAAAACAGAGUUGUGAAACCCUCCGCUGUAUUCCUUUUUCAUUUCUGUCGA